AUGUUGAUAAAACCAGGCGGCGCGUCAGGAAUCGGAAAAGCAACAGCAGAGUUAUGUCUCAAGCACGGCGCGAAUGUAAUCAUCGGCGACCUGAGCUCUUUACCCUCUGACCUCGUCAUCUCAGAUAAGCUUAAGUUUAUAAAACUAGAUGUCUGUUCAUGGGACAGUCAACGUGAUGCAUUUAUCAAGAUCGAAGAAUGGUUCGGUCGUAUUGACCAUGUCUUCGCCAAUGCAGGCGUCGGGCCAACGACUGAUUUCUUGGACGACAGCCUUGACGAAAAUGGCCACCUUGCCCCUCCUGAUCUACGAACGAUCAAUGUCAAUCUUGUGGGUGUUAUCUCCACAGUCCGUCUUGCCGCGUAUUAUAUCCAGAAGAACUCGGCACAUCGUGCAUCCGGUGAACUGGGCAGUAUCGUGGUCAACGCUUCUACGGCUUCGUUCCAGAACUUCAGUGCUGGUGAUUACACGGUUGCAAAACAUGGUGUUCUCGGGAUCAUCCACGGGAUAGGGUAUCAACUUGAGAGGAAGGUUCGACUUAAUGCUGUUGCGCCUUCUUGGACAGCAACUUGCAUGAUUGAUACUGCUUUUAUUGAGGGGCUUGGUGUUGGCGUUCAGGGACCGGAGGCUGUAGCUCGGAGUGUGGCGCUUCUUUUUAGCGACCAGCAGCGUCAUGGGGAAGUUAUAUACAGCUGGGAGGGAAAAUAUCGCGAGGUUAACAAGGCAGAAGGUGGAUUCCUGGCGGCUGCGGAUGGAAUCCUUGUGAAUUCAGCUAAUGAGGAACAUGUUGUGAGAAAGCUCAAAGAAGCGAAGAUGCUUGGCUAG